AUGGUGGUUGAAUGGGAAGGAUCACGCAUGGUUCCUCUUUUUAAGGUGCCAAAGAAAGAUGGACAUGCCCACUUAUCGGCCAUGCAGAUUGUAAAGGACCUAAAUAAAGGAGCACCGACAUUAGUAUCCACCAUUGCAUGUUCGGGAGAAGACCAUGGUGCUACGGAGUUCUUGCCACGGAUCAUAGAAACUGUCCUUGAGGAAAACAAAGACGUGAUGCCAGAAGAGCUGCCAAAGACUUUACCUCCAAGGCGCGAGGUAGACCACACGAUAGAUUUGGAGGCUGGAGCCAAGCCACCUGCACAUGCACCUUACCGCAUGGCUCCACCCGAGUUAGAAGAGCUAAGGAAGCAGUUGAAGGAGCUCAUCGAAGCCGGUCACAUCCGUCCAUCCAAAGUCAAGUACUUUAACCAAAUGGAUAUCCGGAAAGGAUACUACCAAGUGCGCAUCGCAGAGGGGGAUGAGCAAAAUGCAGCAUGCGUGACUACAGACGGAGCAUAUGAGUUGUUGGUAAUGCCCUUCGGCAUAACCAACGCACCUGCCACCUUUUGCACGCUGAUGAACAAGAUUCUACAUCCCUACUUAGUCCAGUUCAUUAGUGGGUACUCCACUAAAUCAGCCCCAGUGACCGAGCUAUUGAAGAAGAAUAAGCCAUGGGUGUGGAGCGAGGAGUGCCAGGGAGAAUUCGAUGGUCUCAAGAGUGUGGUUAUAGAAGAACCAGUCUUGAUGCUUCUCGAUUUCACAAAGACCUUCGAGAUUCAUAUGGAUGCCUCUGAUAUAGCUAUUGGUGGAGGCUUGAUCAGGAGAGACACCCAAUAG